AUGGUGCUCUUCGAGCUUCUGGGCAUGGCUGUGCCUUCGUUUCUGGCGGGCCGACUGCCAUCGCCGGCGGUCGCAAUGAGCGCCAACACCAUCUACAUGGCCUUUCGCUACCUCUUUACGAUGGUGUACCUUGGCAUUAGCUUUGUGGCAGGCAUUCGCGUCGGCAAUGCCCUUGGACGGGGUGACGCGGUCUCGGCCAAGAACGCAGCCAUCUACAGCAUCCAGCUCUCCGCCGCAUGGGCACUGGUGGCCACGGUCGCGAUGAUGGGCCUCGGGCCCUAUUACGCGCAAGGCUACACUUCCGACAAGGCCAUUCUGAGCACGGCGAACGAUCUUUUCUGGUACACAAGGCCCGCGCAGACUGCGAUUGGCAUUUGGGGAACCGUCCAAGUCAUCUUUCGUGGCAUGGGUCACCCCCACCAAGGCGCGAUCCUCAACUUUAUCGAUUCCUUCUCGUGUCGUUGGUCUCUGGCUCGGUUUACGCUCUGUACGAUCUACGGUCUCUACUGGUUCUGCACUGUCGACUGGGAAUCCAUGGUGCACGAGGUCGAGAGCACGUUCCAGCAAACCGCGACCGCCGACGCCUACUACCACGAUUCUUAUAGCCGCUAG